AUGGCUUGGAAAUCUUUGAAGGACAGCUACCGCUACCAUAUAAAGUCGGCAAGCAGGAGCAAGAGUGGUAGUGCAGGAGGGAUCCAAAUGCAGAACCCAGUGGCGAAUGACGAGCAGCUCAGCCGGCUGGAUGACGCUGCAGUAUGCGGCACCUCGUAUUUGGAGACACAGUGGGCCGCAGGCGAGAAGGAUUUAGAGAAGGAGCUGGAUGAUCUCAGUAGCUCAACGUAUUCUUAUGAAAGGAAAGCAAAGAAGCGAUCUCCGCCAAAAAAUUCCUCAUGUGCAUCCCAUGUUUGUGAUAUUUUCGGAAAAUUCGUCGAUCAGCAGGUGAAUCCUGUUUUGGCAUACUGGGAUUCCAUGCUCAACUCGUUGCCGUUGGAAGAUAAGGCAGAAGUCGAUGAGGAUAUAACACAUUAUUUUAUAAAAAAAGAAGAGGUCAUUAAGAAAAUCUGCUGAGCAAAUGUAGUAGCUAUAAGCUUUAGUAAAAUGUAUU